GUUGGCAUGUUUAACAUAUCUUUCCUAUUUACCGAAAAAAUAAUGCUAAUUAAACUCUCUUAAAGAAUGCAACCAUGAUGUAAUUAAAAUAAUGCCAAUCAUUUCUCUUCAUCCCAGUACUAUUCAAUUAAAAAGCUUCCGCAUGCACCUCUAUAAAUGAUGAGGUUUCGACUCAAUUGACCAAGUGAAAGCUGCCAUCAUCAGACAUUCACAAUGCAAGCCCCUGGAGUGAAUUGUUCCAUUUCAUUCAUCUUCAUCAUUCUCUUGAUCCUCUUCUGUUGUUUCUCAGCAGAGGGAAAUCAACCCCUGUUUUCACUCAUCCGCAAGGACAAUGCCACCAAAUUAUACUCUGUUUCAAUGUACUUAGGAAACCCUUACGAACGCAGAGAUUUACACCUUGAUCUCGGCGCCAGCCUGAGUUGGUUCGACUGCGACCACGGCUUCAACUCAUCCUCUUAUGUUCACGUUCUGUACAAUUCCACUCUUUGCCACAUGCUCCAUUAUGGAGUUCACGGCAACUGUUUCAAGAAACGCGGACCCGCGUGCUUCAACAAUUCUUGCGAAUUCUAUUCUGAGAAUUCAGUGACCCAGAAAGCCGCCGUUGGAGAUUUACUCGUUGACACAUUUUGGUUAAACGCAACCGAUGUUGGGAACCCCGGAAUCGUCGACCUGGGAGGGAUCAUCGACUUCACAUUCUCUUGCGGUACCACCAAGUUACUGACCGGAUUAGCUACCGGAGUCACCGGCUUAGCCGCCCUUGGAAGGUUCAAUUUUUCGAUACCGGCUGAUAUGAGCCGGGCUUUCUCUUCACCAUGGGUGUUUGCCAUCUGCUUGCCGAGUUCUCCCUCCGGCGACGGCGCCGCCGUCUUUAAUUCAUACGGGCCGUACAUCUUGUCGCCAGCUGGAAUAGACGUUUCAAAAUCAAUGAUCUACACUCCACUUCUGUUGAAUCCAAUCGGCGGCACCGUGAGAACUUACCCCAAUAGACCGUCGGAUGAGUAUUUCAUCGGAGUGACCGGAGUCAGAGUCAACGGGAAAUCGGUGCCGGUGAAUAAGACCCUUUUAGAGAUCAACAAAAGAACUGGGUUUGGAGGAACCAAGAUUACAACUUCUACUCCUUACGCAGUCUUGCAGACAUCCAUCUUCAAGGCCUUGACGGCGGCGUUCAAGGAGGCGGCUUCUGUUAUGAAGCUUAAGCCGAUAUCUCCUGUCGGGCCAUUCAGUUUGUGUUAUGCAGCGGAUAAAAUACCCAGAACGCGGGUCGGGCCGGCGGUUCCCACCAUUGAUCUGGUGCUGCAGAGCAACAGCGUAUUCUGGAGAAUCUUUGAGGCCAAUUCCAUGGUCAAUGUCGGCGAGCAUGCAAUGUGUCUUGGGUUUUUGGAUGGUGGGGUGGAACCCAGAACUUCAAUUGUGAUCGGAGGACUUCAGAUUGAAGAUAAUCUGCUCCAGUUUGACUUGGUUUCUAAGAGGCUUGGAUUUACCAAUUCACUUCUGUCCCGCAACACUACUUGUUCCAAUUUGAAUUUCGCAGCUCUCAGAUGAUUUAAUCAUCUGUUGAAUUAUGAUGCGACCGCGGUGCCAAUAUGCCUUCGUAUUUGUUGUGCCUUCAAUAAGUUUGAAAUUGAUUAAGUUUUGUUUUGGCAUGAAACUUUCAUUGUUAGACAACUAGUGACGGAACCAGACCCGAUUAUUCGUAAGGUCGAAUUUUUUUUCUUAAAAAUAUAUAAAAAUUUUAAGGUAUUUUUUUAAAAAAAUUUGCCGAUCGCAGGGUCGACGGACCCCCUUUGCUCCCCUUAGGUCCGUCAUGAGACAAUACAAUGAAAUACAUGAUUCUUUCUUUUGCCUUUUUAUAAACAAUGAAAUUCAGGAUUCUGCUCUAAGGCUUUAAUGGGUAAUAAGUCGCCCGAUUAAUUCAAAUUCGAGCUAGCUAAUCAUUAUCCAUUUUGAGUGGCGAUAGGUAAAGGGAAAAAUUACAAGGAAAACUUACAAG